UAUUUUUGUUGCUAUUGUUAAACAAAUUUACAGAAUAAUGAAAUUUCUAUCGAAAAUUUGCUCAAUUUCUACAAUAAUAAUAAUAUAUUGUUUGGUAAUUAUCACUGAAAUCGAUGGUCACGGAAGACUCAUUGAUCCGGCCUCGAGAUCCAGCGCCUGGAGGUUUGGCUUCAAAACUGAGAUCAACUAUAAUGAUAAUCAACUAUUUUGUGGCGGUUUUAACACCCAAUGGAAUAUCAAUAAAGGAAAGUGUGGUGUUUGUGGUGAUCCCUAUAACGGCCGCAGAGAUAAUGAAGUGCCGAACGGCAGAUACGCCAAACAGUUGGUCAUCACUCGUACGUAUAGGUCGGGCGAUAUAAUUGACGUCAAAAUCCAGAUCACUGCCAAUCACAUGGGUUUCUUCGAGUUUGGCUUAUGUCCGGCGCUCAGUAAGACUGUCGAAGUUAGCCAACAAUGUCUGGACAAAUACCGGCCUCGGGUACUAAACUCGCAGACAUCGGACAAAUAUAUUGUGCCAACAAAUCGGGCCGAAACCUAUCGGAUACGAUUGAAACUGCCCGACGGUCUUGUAUGCGAUCGAUGUGUAUUUCAAUGGAGUUAUACGGCCGGCAAUAACUGGGGUGUCUGUGCCAACGGUACCGGUGCUGUCGGCUGUGGACCGCAGGAAACCUUCCGGGGCUGUGCCGAUGUCCGUAUUGUUGCCGGUGGUCCGCACAGUGUUGACGCCUAUAAUACACCCGUUAGAAGUACAUUGUCAUCAUUACCACCGAUACCGUCGCGGCCACCGACACGACUGUCCUAUUAUGUACCGGAUUGGAUCAGUAGUAGUAGUACUACACCACUGAUAACGCCGACAAAGACAACUUCUUCAGCAAUAAUAAUAAUAACAAAACCAGAAAAUACUAAACAAAACCAAACAUUAUAUUCAUCGACCAAAGAGUAUCCUAAAGUGUUGCCGACGACUACAACCGAUUCAAAGAGUAGUAUCCAAACGGCUAUCUGUAGCGCAACGGGAAUCUGGACUCGAGUGCCAAAUAUGGACGACUGGUGUCUAACCAAUUGUGCCGCCAAUUAUUGUCCGCCGACUCAUUGCAAAUGUGUUUAAAUAAUAAUAA